UCAAAAUUGAGUAACCACCCUAACCUAUUCCCAGAAGGAGAUAGGCAAGUCGCAUUUAAUUACCAUUUGGAGCAAACAUGUGUCGCUCAUGCAAGAACUAUGAAAGUAAUUGAUUGAAUCCAAAAAAUUAGAAUAAUUAGUAUCUAUGUCUCAUCAACAAACUCAACUUUUCAACCCCCUUCCUUCUCCACUAAAUGCUCCUUUACGCCAUUCCCGACCGUUGCUUCUUCAAUUGAAUCGAUUGUUAUAGCUUCUCAAGAUGUACAUGAUUGAGUGGGUGGUUGUAGCAAGAUCCAUAGGCACGACCGAUUAUGCUCUCACCAACAGCCCACAACUUCCUCAAUUUCAUCGAUUCUAGAUAACUAUCGAUUCCGUUAGGUGGUUUUAGCAGGGCUUUGCACCAGCCAUGGUCGACUAUUAUAGAUGAAGAAUUUCGAGGAACAGAUACUCUAAUCUCAUAUUUUGCAUUUCCCAGAGAGAUCCCUAAACUCUGUAUUUGGAGGAUUGGCGGCAAUUUUCGCUGUUUUUCUUUUGCAUGCAUUGAUGGUCAACUAUUCCAAAAGCAAGAGGAAUUCCUAGGGAUUAAAACCUCCUAUUGUAUCCCUAAGCUCCCUAUUAUGAGGGUUAGAAGGCAAAUAAAUAUAAAUGUGUUCUUCUUUUCAUGCACUGAUUAUAAACUUCCGACCCAAUCCAAUUGGCGUUUACAGGUAUUUAGUGAGUUUUAGGGGCAGUCUUCUUUUCCGAUCCCUUGGCAACAACUUCUCAUCUGUUUCUCUUCUUCAGGACCCAAUAGGGGAAGUUUAGGGGUGCAGUCUUCUUUUCCAAUCCCUUGGCGGCAGUUUUUCAUAUGAUUCUCUCUUCUUUUACCCAACAGAGGAAGUUCAUCGUAAGUCAGACUCACCUAAUGCUUGGCCAAUCGCCAGGGUGUUCCCACGAAAGUAAGCUGCACACGACCAUAGGGAAUAAAACCGCUCAAUAAUCGGGCAAUGAACAUUGUUCCCUAUGAAAUCGCCAUUGUUUCCAGUUAAAAUGAGACUUACGGCGCCGUAGUGGUUUGAGUCUCCGAUAAAGACGUGGCUACCGCUAAUUUGUCGUAAGGAACAGUAACUUAUACUUGCGUAAACUUGCGGGUUAAUACUAAUUAUAUAUAUAUAUAUAUAUAUAUAAUUAUAUAAUAUGUACCGUUUAGCUAACUAAACUACACUUACAACGGUAACUGAUUCGGGUAGGGAUGGCAAUGGAUCGGGUCGGGGGCGGAUAGUGUAUAUCCAUUACCCUACCCAAUAUAGUUCGAGUUUUAUCCAUACCCACACGGGAAACGGGUAGAAAAUCAAAACCAUGCCCAUACCCGUUCGGGUUUCGGGUAUCCACGGUUAUCCAUGGGUAAUAAUUUCACUUAAUAAUUCCAACCAAUAUAUUAACAUUCACAAGUAUACUCACAUUACGUAAGAGGAAAAAUACGACAAUAAUUCACUAGAAUGAAGAAAAUUAAUUAAAACAACAUAAUUUCAUGAAAAUAUUAUAUUUAUAUGUUAAAUAUAAAAUAUUCUAGAGAAAAAUAAUGAUUAUUUAUAGACAAAACACAUAUGCAUGUGUAUAAUCGGGCGGGCUCGGGUUGGAUAGUGGAAAAACCAUACCCACCCAUUACCCGCAAUAUUUGGGUUCGGGUUUUACCCGUACCUAGGGGUGGCUAUACGGUCCGGUCCGGUUAAAUUGGCCCAAAUUGAUCCGGUCCAGUCCGGUCUUUUUGAAAAUAUAAGGACCGAAGAUUGGAUUGCAUACAGUCCGGUCUUGAUCCGGUCCGAUUUUGAUCCGGUCCGGUCCCAAUUCGGUCUUGAUUUUACAUUGAGAUUGUGGGAUUUGAGUGGCCUAAGGCCUUAAAGGGUGAGGAGUUGGUUAAGUUUUGUACUAAGUGCAAAGGUUUGUGACCGUUUAUGCAAAUUACCCUUAAGUUUUGGGUGUUGAGCUCUCUUAUCCGGGUUUUUACCUCAAAUCUAAGCCCAAAGAUUGGAUUGGAUUGUUUACUAUCCGGUCCUGGUCCGGUCUCGAUCCGGGUUAUACGGUCCGGUUUCCGGUUUUUAAUCUGGUCCCGGUCCAAAUAGCCACCCCUACCCGUACCCAUGAAAAAUGCUUCGGGUUCGUGUUUUACCCUACCCGAUUAGGUCGGAUUCGGGUGGAUAUCCACGGUUACAGAUAUUUUUGCCAUCCCUAGAUUCGGGUACAAAUGAACACAUUUUAUCCCUCAUUUCUUGUCCGUUUUGUUUAGUAGAUCACCGUCCCUCGAUCUAUUUUACGCUAGGUUGUGUUUGUUUUGUUACAUUUAAGGUCCUAGUACGUGGGAAGGUCGAGGACUAGUUUAAGAUCGAUUGGAGGUCGAAAAGCGUGAAAAAGUGGAAAAAAUGCCCAAAAUCCCGUGACAAUUGCCCCGUGACCGUGAACUGGCCAGGUUCCAGAGCGUUUCUACAAGUUGCUGGCGCCAAGUCAGUUCACGGUCGUAAGACUGCGAACUUCAGCUCCAGACCGUGAAGUGUUGUAGUGAAACGACGCGUUUUUGGCCGAGAUCACGAUCCAGGUUUUGAGUUCACAACCGUGAACUCAGACCGUGAACAACCUUCGAUCUAGGUAUAAAAGGCAGCAGCAGAAGGAAGAAAAGGGGGGAGCUGGUUUUUGGAGAGGAACUAGUUCCUUUCUCUAGGGUUUCGACCCGAAACACCAAAUGGGAGUUCUAGAGAGAGAGAGAGAGAGAGAGUUCUUGAGUAAUUUUAGAGCGUAAUAAGGCAUUGAUCAAGUUUAGAAGCAAGGAAUAAAGCCUAGAAGAAGAAGAAGAACAAGAUCUUGGGCUCCAAUUUGUAAUCUCUCUCUCCUCUCUCUAGAAUCUCACCCUCUUCUCUUGGGUUUAAGAACCCUAGGUCUAGAUUUUGUUUCAUUGUUGAUGUAGGUGACAAAUUCUAUCUUUGAUUAAUGAAUUUAUCUAUUUGAUAGAUGUUUGGUAAGGAUUGAAUGAGUUUGGAUUCCUUAACUUGUCAAUUGAGUUUUGACCUAUGAGGGAGAAAAUCCCCUUAGAGCCCAUUAUUGGCAUCUUUGGGUCACUCCUACCGUAAAUUGUCCGGGUAAUCCCCGAGGGAGUUGAUUCCAUUGGUCUCCUAGCAAUAUAUGAAACCCUAGGUUGAUUAGAGCUCCUACCCAUCCAUCACUCCGUCGUUCCCGGACCAUCCCGAGUGAGUCAAUCUCAUAACGGUAGGAUAGUGAAUUGAUCAAGUUAGGAUAUUACUCAACAAUCAACAUCGAUCCAAAGGCUAGAAAUAGGGGGAUUUAACCCAAGAGAGCUCCCAAAACCUUGUAAAUAUCUAGGUUAGUUAGUUUAAUUCUUCUCAUCAUCAUCCUAGGUUGGCUAGAUAACGAACCCUAACCUGAAGUAGGGUAGCCUAGAUCCCCAUGGUACGAUAAAUUCUUAUUGCUUGCUUGCCCUAUACUACACCCGGUCUCCGGUUAUACUUGGUUGGCGAUUGGGAUGUUGUAGUUAGAACGAGUCAGUAACUAGUUGUGGCAAUCAUCUCUAUGUGUUUCGUUUUUCCAUUUUAGAACGAGUUGAAGGGGUAGGGAUUGUUGCCGCGGAGGAAGCAAUAAAUUGGGGUUUAUCAGGACCAAUGCUACGAGCUUCCGGAGUACAGUGGGAUCUUCGUAAAGUUGAUCAUUAUGAGUCUUACGACAAAUUUGAUUGGGAAGUUCCGUGGCAAAAAGAAGGAGAUUUCUUAGCUCGUUAUUUAGUCCGAAUUGGUGAAAUGACGGAAUCCAUAAAAAUUAUUCAACAGGCGUUGGAAAGAAUUUCGGGAGGUCCCUGUGAAAAUUUAGAAACCUGACAUUUUGAUAGAGAAAGGAAUCCUGAAUGGGACGAUUUUGAAUAUCGACUCAUUAGUAAAAAUACUUCCCCUACUAUUGAAUUGCCUAAACAAGAACUUUUAUGUGAGAGUUGGAGCCCCAAAGGGAGAAUUGGGGAUUUUCUGGUAGGUGAUUAGAGUAGUUUUCCUUGGCGAUGAAAAAUUCGUUCACCGGAUUUUAUCAAUUUGCAAAUUCUUCCAAUCAAUUAAAAUAAUGAAAUUGACGGAUAUUAUGACAAUACUAGGUAGCAUAGAUAUUAUUAUGGGAGAAGUUGAUCGUUAAAUGAUAAUUGAUACAACCAAGUACAAGCUAUCAAUUCUUUUUUCAGAAUGGAAGCCUUAAACGAAAUCUAUGGAAUUCUAUGGAUCCUUGCCCCUAUUUUGACUCUUGUAUUGGGAAUUACAAUAGGUGUACUAGUAAUUGUAUGGUUAGAAAGAGAAAUAUUGCGGGGCUACAACAACGUAUUGGACCUGAAUAUGUCGGUCCUUUGGGAGUUCUUCAAGCUCUAGCGGAUGGGACAAAACUUCUUUUCAAAAAGAAUCUUUUUCCAUCUCGAGGGGAUACUCGUUUAUUCAGUAUCGGACCGGCUAUAACAGUCAUAUCAACUCUAUUAACCUAUUCAGUAAUUCCUUUUGCCUAUCGCUUUGUUCUAUCGGAUUUAAAUAUGGGUGCUUUUUUUAUGGAUUGCGAUUUCAAGUAUUGUUCCAAUGAGACUUCUUAUGUCAGGAUAUGGAUCAAAUUAUAAAUAUUAUUUUUAGGUGGUUUACGAGUUGUUGCUCAAUCUAUUAGUUAUGAAAUCACAUUAACUCUCUUGCAUAUUAUCCAUAUCUCUACGUGCGAUACGUUGAACCAGAAGCAUUUCCUUAUUGCUUUCUCUUUUAGAAGAAAGCAAAAUAAAUUGAAUAGAUAUCUUCAAUUUUUUAUUAUUAUUCAUUUUUUGGGAUGAUGAAGAAAAUUGCAUAGUUAUAUGAGUGAAAGAAAACUGCUUUGAAAUUUGUAGUAAAAAAAACUUGAGACUCAUUUCCUAUGUACAAGAAUAAAGCGGAAAUAAACAUAAGAACACGAGAUUGGUUGCCCCACGAUUGGUUGAUUAGUCAACCUACAUUGAAGCGGGCUUAAAAAACCAUUAUUUAGUAUUUAGUUUUCACUAUUAUUUAGAUGUAUUACCCUAAUGCUAAGGAGUGAUUGCGCAAAUAUGAGUAGAUGGUUUGGAACACCAAGAUACACAGGAUUAGUAAGAGAGAAUUUCUAAAUUAUCAAAAUUCAAAAAAUCUGCAUAAAAGAAUAUUUAUUGGGGCUUUAAAUUGGUAGAAAUGAUAUAGCAGUACUCCCCAUGAUUCCGAUCCAGAGUAUGCUCUCACCCACCGAUUAAAGAAAUAACUAUCAG